CAUACCAACCGGAAUAUGCUAAGCUGGUCACACUAGUAGCGGUAUAAAUAAACAAAUUGUAAAUAAUGUGUGCUAAUGAGAACAAUAAGCCGUCCCUACAGGAUAUAGCAAACCUCUGCUUUGACAAAUUUAAAUCCCUGCCAAAGACCGGCAAACCCACUCCGAGCCAGUGGACCGUUUUAGCCGGGAUUGUGGAGUACAACCGGAUAACUGGAAGCCUCAAAGUGGUGGCCAUCGGUUGCGGAACAAAAUGCAUUGGUUCCUCCAGAUUAUGUCCUAACGGCUACCUUCUGAACGAUUCCCAUGCCGAGGUUCUAGCGCGUCGAGCCUUCCUGCGCUAUCUGUAUCGAGAGCUGAAGCAGGAGGGGAUUUUUCAAUGGGACAGCAAACAGAAGUGCUAUCAGCUCGAUGAUCACUUGGAGUUUCACUUCCUGAGCACUCAGACGCCCUGUGGCGACGCCUGCAUACUGGCGGAGAAAGAUGCAGAAAAGCCGGCCAAGCGUCAGAGACUGGAUGAGGAAGAAUCCGAGAUGGUUUAUACUGGCGCCAAGCUGAUACGCUGCCCCGAGUCGGAUGUGGGGUCCGAUGACAUGCAGCAGACGCCAGGAGCCCUGCGGACCAAGCCAGGACGAGGAGAACGCACAUUAUCCAUGUCGUGCAGUGAUAAGCUUGCGCGCUGGAAUGUGCUUGGAGUGCAGGGCGCGUUGAUAGACUCGCUGAUCGCCAAGCCCAUCUACUUCAGCAGCCUCAACUUCUGUUGCGCCGAUGCCCAUCGGGAGUCCUUGGAGCGGGCCAUCUAUGGGCGAUUCGAGGACAGGCCCUUUCAGCAUUCGCGAUUUCAGCCACAGAAGCCUCAAAUACGCAUUUGCCAUAGUUGCGAUCUAAUCUUUGAGCACUCCCAGCGCCUUGACUGGCAGCCUUCCCCCAAUGGCUUGGCUUGGUCGCUCCUGCCCGAGGAACUAAGGCCCUAUGAUAUUUCUGUUAAUGGAACGCGGCAAGGGGUGACCAAGAAGAAGAUGAACACUCCCCAAGCUGCCUCAGCGGUCAGCAAGUACAGCCUCUUCAAAUCCUUUCAGGAUCUGCAUUGUUCCCAUCCGAAACUGAGAGAUGCCCGCCCACAAAACGUAUUAACUUCGGAGCCAACAUCGUAUUUGGCCAGUAAAUUUUCGGCGGCUGAGUACCAAUUGGCGUGGGGUCAAUUAAAAAGUUCUUAUUUCCUUCAAUGGACAAGUAAGCCCAAGGAAUUGCAGAACUUUUCCAUAAGAACAGAUUAGUGUUUAUAGCUUGAAAGCUAUAACCGAAGGUUAUUAGUUCUAUUAUCGUUAUAUUUGGUAUAUUUUUCUGUUACUGAUUUCUACAUGUGUACAAAUAUU